GAUGGAGUGUGCAGAAACUUUACACAGCUUACGACGAAAGAGAAAGCUUCUGCUGUUGUACAUUAUAAAAGUUAUUUUUAUCGAACUAGACUACUGGGAAACCUGUUCUUAGGUCUGGAAAUGUUCUGUGUUUCAAUUACUUUGCAGAUAUAAAGUUUAGGCGCCACGCUCAGCAUGUUUCAACCCACUGAAAUUGCAUAAAAGAGAAGGCAAAAAUAUAAAUAUGAACGAUAUAUUAGAACAUACUACUUAUGAUGAAGCAAUACAACAGCUGUCGGAUUGCUUGCAUAGGGACAUAUUUCAAACGAUUCCAAAAGACAGUAAACUAAGUACGCGUUUGCAAACAAUUUUAACCCGUAGCAUAUUUCAUGGACUGCUCUUUCCCGAUUGGCUGGAGUAUCAGGCAGAAGAUGAAGAAAUGCUAGAAAAGAUUGAAUCUUUCUCGUGGGUGACACCUAAUCAUCUGGACAUCAAUUUGUGUGCAACGGAACCAAUGUUGAAAAUCUCAAUGGCUGCAGAUCAGUUAGUUUGCAUGUCUGUAAAAGAAAAUCCGUUUGAAAAGUUAUCUUGUCUUGUUGAUUGCUGUUUUCACGCAAACGCUGCAACCAGUGGCAAAAAUGGUGCAGAUGAAUUAUUACCAACUAUGAUAUAUGUGAUCUUGCAGAGCAAAUCAGCAAAUAUAUAUUCGAACGUUAUGUAUCUUCAAAGUUUUAUGGAAAUUAAUGAAAAAGUUCUUCAAGGUCAAAGGUUUAGUCAAGCAAUUCCUGUAAUGUUUGGUGGACUGAUGGACAACUGUUUUACACAAGUCUUUUGUGCAUUGACUGCUAUAAACAACAUGGAAGGCGAUGAAGGAGAUGGGAUAAUAACUUUUGGCAAUGGCCAUUUGCGCAUGCAAGCAAAGAACGUCAACCAGACGAACGCCAUAUUUCAGAUAGAACUGACUCGAAAUUUUGACGAGCUGGAGCGUUCCAUCAAUAAUCUGAUUCGAUCACGUGCAGCUAUUAUAAACCAGCAUAGAGAUUCUCUGUUACAAAUAGCUGACAAAUUGGAUACACACAGAACUAAUGUAAAUAUCUCAAAGGCUACAGGAACGUUUGCGUCUAUUGCAGGAGGUGUGAUCAGUAUUGUUGGUUUUGGAUUAAUGUUUGCAACAUUUGGAGCUGCGGUUGUGCUGAUUCCAGUUGGAGCUUCACUUGCAUUUGCUGGUGGCGCAACAGCGGCAGGAGCCAGUUUGGCUGAAUUUGGAAUAAAUAAGUCAACAGCAAACGACAUAAAACUAAUUCGAGAUGAAUACGAAGUUGCGGUGAAUGAAACUUUUAGAACAUUGAAAAAGAUCGAAGAGACAGCAAACAACAUAUGGCGACAGCUGACCUUUCGAGCAUAUGCUGGAAAAAGUAUUCUCUCACUUGUUGAUGUUGUAAUGAAGCUAGCUAGACUUUCUGUUGCUUUUGAGAAUAUCUCGGAUAUUGGUGUAACCGCUUAUCGUGCAGCUAGCACUGCAGGCAGAGGAUUGGCAAUCGCAGGAGUUGUGUUCAGCGCUGUUUUACUGCCUAUUGAUAUGAUAUUUUUCGGCAUUUAUGUAAAAAAUCUUAGUGAAAAAGAAAAGUCAGCUCAAGGUGUUGAAAUACGAAAAUGGAUUGAGCAAGAUUUACCUAAUGUGAAUGAGGUUAAUGAUGUCGUUGUAAAAUUGAGAAACGCAUUACAAGAAUUUAUUGAAAGCAUCCGAACGAAUGACAAUUCGAAGGAGAAAGAUGCAGUUACUGAAAGCGAGAAAAAAUUUAAAGACGCUUUAAAAUUGGUGGAAAAUUUGAUUACUCAGGAUGACGUCACCUCGCAUGGCAGAUAAAAUGUAGGUUAAAUUUUAGUUUUGUAAAUAGAUUAAAUUUUUAUGUGCGCACGUUUUUACGAUCUCAUAGCAAUAUGGUAUUUUAUUACAACCAACGAAACCCUCUAUGAUAGCUUCAAAAAACUAUUUUAUCUAUUUUACUAGAAUUUCAGAUUUCUUGAAUUUCAAAAAAAAAUAGUUAAAAGCAAAAAGGCCUCCUUAGCCUUUACAUUCCACUUUUAAAUCAGCCAUGACCACCAGCCAAAAUCAGUCCUGAUCCACAAAAUAGAAUAGUUAUAUGGGUAUUUUCCACUUCUAAAAUAUAUUGUACGAUUAUUUGCAGUAACUAGUGUACAAUUUUAUACAAGAAGGAAUAAUAUGUUCGCACUUUUGU